GUUACCCACUUAUAUAUAAAAACAUUUCAUUUUAAGAAGCUGAUUUUAUAAUUCCGACAUAUUGCCCAUUUAGUAAGCCAUUCAAACGAAUGGCACUUAAAAUAUGAUGCCAAAAGCAUUUUUCUCGCUACAAUUACGUUGAGGGCAUCCGUAGACUUCCGUGACAUCCUAGCACGUUUUGAAAUACAGCUGGCUGGCACAGAGUGUAGCAUACUUUGCCGGGUGUGAAGUGUCCCCAGGGCGUUAUAAAUCUAUAUCCAUUGGCAGAGGAGCAGGGGUAUUGGUUGGAAGAGGGGGACAGGGGGCAGGAGUUGCCAGGGAACACCAGAGGACUCGAUGGAAUUUUUCAAUUGUUAUUUCAUCUGGCAUGUGCGGCCAGUCAGUCAAGUGGCGAACCGAACAGAACCGAAAGCAAUGGCUUAGCAUUCCGGACCGUCACGGCCUGCGGCUUGAUGACCACAAAACCAAAUAACCGAAAACGAGAAACAGGGAACUCAGAGCCGUGAAUCGGGCAGAGGCGUUAAUUGAAAUCCGGCUUAGGAACCGAAUCGCCGGUUAACCCGAGGCGCCCCCAAAUCGGACAUCAUGCAGCCAUUAAACAAUAACACUUUCAGCCGACCACACAUGGUCCAAACUACACACACCCACACUUACGUACAAACAGGAGAGUCCUUUAACAUUUCGCUGGAUGAUUUGUGGUGCAAUAAAGAAUGCCAUUUAAUACCGGGCCCAGCUCUUUAACCUUUUCGAACCCGUACUAGAACCCGAUUCCGAACCAGAAUCGAAUCGAAUCGAAAAACGAGAAACGGGGAAUUGGCAAGCGCCAAAACUAACAAGCUCAUUCUCAAUUUAUAUUAAAUCGAAAGUCCACAAAUGGUUCAGCUGACCCCAAAAACAACAAUGGGGUCAUCCACAGAUACACGCACACGUACACGCAUUUGUAUACAUUUAUUCAGUGGCGUAUAGCGCGGGGGGUUUUGGGGUUAAUACUACAUAGAUCUAGGGCUUUCAUAUUGCUUGAUAUAGGUAUUUUAUUAAAAUUCUUUUGUGAUUUGAAUAUGAUAAAUACAGAAGUGAACCAUUUAAUACAAAAUAGUUUUAGAGAUCUUUUAUGUUGUUUAUGAAACAUAAAAAAAAAUGCAGUAACUAAUAUUGUAACUAAUCUAACUAUAAUCAUAUCUCAUUUUCUAAAUACCCCUUUUAAUACAGACUUUCGUACGCCACUGUGUACAUGUAAUAUACGUAGUAUACUUAUGUACGACUAUAGCUAUAGAGCGGGGUAAUCUUAUCGUGCAGCAAGCCUUUUUCCGCUUGGCUAGGGAUGGGCACUGAUGGGUUAAAAGGGGGCCCAUAUCACCCAGUUGUAUGUGUGUGUGUGUCUCUCCAUCUGUGUGUUUGUGCGUCUCUCUCACUCUCACCCACACCACCCACUCUCUCUAUCUCUCUCUCUCUCUCUCUUUGCCAAUCUAUUUCUAUCGAAUUCUCUUACUAUUGCCUCCUCGAAAACAUUACAAAACAAAUUAAGUCAAUCAAAAUAAAUACAAAGCAAAUAUAUGUUAAAAAAAUAAAUAAACAACAAUAAAAGUAGCAAGAACACAGUCAAAAAAACAAAAAAAAAAUGAAAUACUUUCAAAACUCGUUUAGGAAAUCGCGUAUCGGAGAUGGAGCUUCAGAUCCAGAUUCCGAUUGGACACGAUCGAACCAGCGCUGGAUGAAGCUGCGCACCACCGUGCAGAUCUCAUCGGCGAUACAGAAGAAACCACCGCUCAAGCGCGAAGACUCCUUCCUGAAGCGUUUCUCGACAAGACAGAUACCCGAAACACAGGAAACUGUUGAAGAUACGGGUUCAGAAAGUGCCUCUGGUGACGUCGAAAAGAGUGUUAAACGACGACGACGCUAUCUGCAGAAACGACGAUCUGUUGUUAAUCCAGAUGAAAAUUUUUACUUCUAUUGGUUAAUGAUGUUAACUGUAUGUGUUCUGUAUAAUCUAUGGACCCUAAUUGUGAGGCAGAGCUUUCCUGAACUGCAGCAAUCUGUGCCCACGUUCUGGCUCGUCUGCGAUUCGAUGACAGAUGUUGUAUUUAUCUUAGAUAUAAUAGUUCAAUUACGCACAGGCUAUCUGGAGCAGGGCCUAAUGGUAUACGAUGACAGGAAGCUGGCCUGCCACUAUGUUCACUCGCGCGACUUUAUCUUCGAUAUGAUAGCGCUGAUACCAUUGGAUCUGCUGCAGCUCAAGAUGGGCACACAUCCGCUCUUGCGUUUUACGCGCUUUUUUAAAGUUUAUCGAUCUGUGAGAUUUUAUUACAUCGUAGAAAGUAGAACAGUUUGGCCAAAUUUAUGGCGCGUUGUUAACCUAAUUCAUAUCCUGUUAAUACUGGCACACUGGUUCGGUUGUUUCUAUUUUUUACUCUCCGAGGCGGAGGGUUUUCAGGGCGAUUGGGUCUAUCCGUAUCGACCCGGGGACUAUGCCACCCUGACGCGCAAGUAUCUGGGCAGCCUGUACUGGUCGACCCUGACACUGACGACCAUUGGGGACCUGCCCACGCCCGAGACGAAUGCAGAACCGAACUUUUCGGUGGACGGCCCGCGAUCAAUUCCGAGGCGAGGCAUUAAAUCGCGCCUGCUUCAAUUCGGCUCUAGCUAUGGAUAUAUUUUUACGAUCGUUAGCUAUUUGAUUGGUGUUUUUAUCUUCGCCACCAUUGUGGGCCAAGUGGGCAAUGUGAUAACGAACCGAAAUGCGAAUCGCCUGGAGUUCGAGCGCCUGCUGGAUGGGGCCAAGACGUAUAUGCGGCACCACAAGGUGCCCGGGGGGAUGAAGCGUCGCGUGCUGCGGUGGUACGACUACAGUUGGUCCCGCGGAAGGAUACAGGGUGGCGGUGACAUCAAUACCGCCUUGGGCCUCCUGCCCGACAAGCUGAAAACCGAAUUGGCCUUACAUGUCAACCUCAGCGUGCUGAAGAAGGUGACCAUUUUCCAAGAGUGCCAGCCCGAGUUCCUCCACGAUCUCGUGCUCAAGAUGAAGGCCUACAUCUUCACGCCGGGCGACUCCAUCUGCCGAAAGGGCGAGGUGGCCCGCGAGAUGUUCAUCAUCGCCGAUGGCAUCCUGGAGGUCCUCAGCGAGACGGGCAAGGUCCUCACCACCAUGAAGGCUGGCGAUUUUUUUGGCGAAAUCGGCAUCCUCAAUCUGGACGGGCUGAACAAACGCACGGCGGAUGUGCGGUCCGUGGGCUAUUCUGAGCUUUUCUCCCUGUCCCGCGAGGAUGUCCUGGCGGCCAUGAAGGACUAUCCCGAUGCCCAGGAGAUCCUGCAGACCCUGGGUCGCAAGCGGCUGAUGGAGGUGCGCUGCGUGAACAAGAAGUACGCCAAGGCCCAGAGCGACAAGGAGGCGGCGGCCUAUGCGGCGGCCCAUCCGCACCACCACCCAGCCCACCACCAGGGUCAGGUGCACCAGAGCGACAGCAGCGAGAACAGUGCCUCCAAGAAGAUCGUCGACAAGCUGAAGCACGACGUCAAGGGCUUCCGGAAUGUGCUCAAGAAGUCCAGGACCUCGCGGAAAAGCGAUGAAUCCCUAGAGAUGCAACCCCUGCACAACACCUCGCCCCGUGGCAGUAAGAUCCUGUUGAAGCGAAUGUCGCGGGUGAGAUCGGACGAAAAGGAUGCGGACAGUGCCGAGGCCAAGGACGAGUUGCACGACAAGACGCCCAGCCCCAUUGGGGCGGGGCUGCCGCUGCUGCAGCGCCUCCGGCUGCUCAAAGAGAAGCAGGAUCGCGAAGAGCGAGCUGUUAAGUCCACACCACCACAGAAAUCUCCACCUCACUCACAUGUAACGUGUACGUUAUCGCCGCAGGAAUCGAUCCAGGAGGAGCCCGAACGCGAGUUCAGCGAAGGCUUUCCCCUGAUCCAGCGACUGCAGCAGUUGAAAAUUAAGAACGAGCCGCAGGCAAACGCUGCCGAACCCGGCGUCGUCAUGGUCAACACGCCGCCCAAUAUCAGCAGCAAGAUAGAUUCGCAUUUUGGGGCCAGCCAGGGAGUUGGAUCGGUUCCGGGACUAAAUGGUGGAGGCAUCUCGGCGCCGGGACAAUCGCUGACGGUGGCCCAGAUCAAGCCCAUCAUGAAGGUGUCGUUCAAGCAGAAGAUCCAGCAGUUGCAGGGCGGCGGAGCAGCCAGCAGCUCCCCAGGGCCGAGUACCGGAGCCAUUGCCAAGAAGGAGCCGCCCAAGUCACUGGCCCUGGUGGCCAAGCAUGCCACAUCCGACGAUCCGGUGGCCACAGCUGGAGUGGGAUUGGGAGCUGGCUCUGGCAUAGCCACCAUAUCGAAAAGGGUGGUCAAACCCGCCCACAGGAUGGCCACGCCACUGCAGUCCGACACGGACACUGAUGGCACGCCCAUCAAGCCGUGGUCCAAGCUGAAACUGGCCACCCUGAUGUCCUCCAGCUACACAAGCUUGACCAAUUGCUCGCCCGAUGAUCUGGCCUCGCCGCUGAAGAACUACUCGCUGAGCAACAUACCCCAGCAGAUGGAGACGCAUACGCGACCACGCCACCACAGCGCCAGGAGCAGUUCAAGAUCACCACGCCACGGGCAUGGACAUGGGCAUCAUCACCAUCACCAUCAUCAGGGGCAGUCACUGGGUCAGGGGCCAAGCUCCACCAGCACAACGGGCUCGUCGCCUGGCCAAGUGAACCAGUUGGCCAGCAGUGCUGCCAAGAGGGAUUGCCUGCGUCUCCAGAAGCCGGAGCAGCAUCUGCCCGACGGCGAACUGACCGAACUGGGCGGCAAUGGUCGCAGGAAGCUCUACCAGAGCGUCUUCGAUCUCUCCCCGGAAUAUUGCGGUCUGCCGUUCGUCAAGCGCCUGAAGAUCCUCAACGAGCGCCAGAAGUUGGCCGAACUGGAGAGGGCCCUCCAGACCCGCAGCUUCAGCCUGGACUGCUCCAAAUCCGGGCCGGAUAGCAAGGUGCCCAUCUCGGAGUCGUUGUAUCGCUGCUACAGCGACACCUCCGGCAUCUAUUCGCAGUUCCUCAGCACUUACGAGUCGACCACCAGCUCCACCUCGAUAUCCACCAAUACUUCCGCUUCCGCAUCGGCAUCCGCCUCCGCAUCCGCAUCCGCUUCGGAUAGCAACUCCCGCCAGUUGCAGUAUGUACCCCUGCCAUUAAGUCCCGAAUCCAAUGAGACAAUGGAGCGUCGCAAGCUGAAGAGUAUACUCAAGAAGCUCCAGAUGGGCGGUGGUCAGGAGGAGGAGGCGGGUUCAAAGGUCAACGCCAGUGGCACCACCAAAAAGGGCCAGGGUUUGCCGGCGGAGCCGACCUUGGAAGGCCCGCCCGCCAGUGCCAAGGAGGAGUUGGAAUCUCCCUUCGGCGGUGCUGCGGCGAUCGGUUCGGUUAAUAAUAAAAAUAAUGGUUGCGGUACGGGUAACGGUAACGGUACGGGUACAAGCACGGCUACGAUUAACGAUAAUAGUGCCAAUGCGAGCAAUUCGAUAUCGCGUCCGAACAACAGUGCGUAUGCGUCGUGUCCUCCACCGGCGGUGGCAUUUCCGUUUCCGGUGCCGGUGCCGGUCACAGUUCCGAUUGCCCCUGCAUCCGGUGCAGUUCCACUUCCGCUGGGAUCGGAGGCGGCGAAUGUCUGGUCGCCGACGUUGACGUUGGUAACGCCCACGAAUUCGCCGCAGGAGAGCUUCGCGUUUCCCGCCCAGCUUCAAAGGGAGGGGGAGUUGGGCGGCCACGGAAACGGAAACGGGCGCGGGCUCGUUGGUGGCGUUGGCAGCGCCUCAGCGGUUGGAGCCUCGGCAUCCGCGUCCGCAUCCGCAUCCACAUCCGCCUCGUAUGUCGUCGAGUGCUCAUCGUCGUCGAAUCAGAUCCUCCAUGCCCAGUCCACCACUGAUUUGAAUUUGAAUUUGCAGCUCAGGCAGAACACGACCAGUGCGACCAUGGGCGGAACGGGUCCAGGGCCCCGGCUCGAAGGCUUCCCGGAGGCUCAGGACUACUUCAAUCAAAUCCUGAGCGGCAUCAAUCACGUAAUCAAGACGCACAUGAACGAGAUGCACUCCAAGUUCGAGACGCAGUUCUCCAGCAUGGCGGGCGAGGUGCGACGCCGCGACGCAAUCAUUGCCCAGCUGCAGCUCAAGCUGCGCUCCAUAGAGGCCAAGUCCUCUGGCCCAGUGGCAUCCACAUCCGCAUCCUCUUCCGCCUUGGUUCUGCCACUCAGCAGGCGACAUAAGCGCGAGAAGAUGUCCCAGUUGUCUGUGGACGACGAUGAACCGCCCGAGGAGGACAACAGUAGUUCGGGAUCUUCAGCGGAGCUUCUAUUUAUGCGCGGUGAUUCCCUGGACACGGUCUUCACCUCAUCGCCGCCCAUCCAGGGCGGCAGGCGCAGCAUAUCGCCAGGUCCAAGUCGUCAUCAUGCGGCCUCGGCGAACGCCCUGAACUGUCCGAGUAGCUACUACGGAGGACCCGGCUCCCUGAGCUCCCGCCACGCCCAAAGCCAUCCCAGCUUCUACUCCGGCCAGGGCAAUGGACGCAGUGGCCGCAGCAGUGGCUAUCGCGAGUGGAGCGGCGGAGCGGACAGCCUGGGCAGCGGGAGCGGAUCGAGCAGUGCCGUCAUGGUGGCGGAUGUUACGGGCAAUCUGGCCCGAUUGUCGGACAGCGUGAUCCUGGACAUUGGCGAGAGCUCCAGCUCGAGCUCCUCUUCCAGCAAGAUCAACAUAGCCGAUGUGGAUGACGACGAGGAGGAGGAAGAGGAUCCAGCGGCGCGGCAUCCUCGAGAGGAAGAGGACGUGGACGACGACGGCGGUGGUGGUGGAGGCGGCAGAUCGGCAAGCCACAAUGACUGGGAGGUGCGAAUGCUGGCCGCCGAAAUGGAGCGACAGGAGCGCAAGCGGGGUCACUCCCUCUCCGACAAUCUGGGUGAGCUGAAGCACUGCAGCACGUUCCUGCGGCGACGCCGGAAAUUCAGCGACACGGAGACGGAGUUCAGCGAGACGGACAUGGAGGAGCAGCUGGCCAGGUCGGGCAGCGGCUCCAUGGACCCAAGUGGCUCGACAGUGGCGUCUGGCUCCGGGGCCGGUGGAUCCACAUCCACAUCCGCGGGACAUCCGAGUGGCAGCCAGCGACCCCGGGCAUCCAGCUUGGAUCAGUUCAACCUGCGCUACGGCAUCGGGCGCGGAAUCUUUAAAGCAAUGAGCAUCGACCGUGAUAAAGACAAGCUUUGAGAACUAUAAUCACGACCAAAUCUAAAUCUAAGCCCAACCAGAUCCCGAUCCCCAUCCCAAUCGCAGCCAGAAGCAAGUUAAACCGCAGACAACCAAUAAGCAAUGGAAUUUGGACAGUAUUACCAUGGUACAAGAACUAGGUAUAUGAUAUGAUAUAUGAUAUACAAAACUAAGGAUAUGUGAGGACAUAUAGAUCUAUAUUCUAUAUAUGUUUAGCCCUAACGAAACCCCCCAGCAAAAAAUCGAUAUAUAUAUACAGAUAUACACAAACAAAGUAAAACCCGAAUGAGAUAUAUAUAUAUAUAUAUAUAUAUAUAUACAUAAAACAAACGUAGACUUAACGGAAACAACUAAUACUAAAAACCAAGAAACAACACACAAAUAGCCAGAGAGUGUUCCCAGCCCUGUUCCAAUUAUGAUUGUUUUCGCUUUCGUACAUUGCGUUCUUGUCCCAAUCAUUAUCCCUAUUGAAUGCCCAUGCGAAGAUUAAUAAUUUUUAACCAGAGGUUAUCUUAGGCAGCUUGAGGGUUUUUUGUCCUUAAGAAAAUUUUUUACUUUGCGGAUAACUUUGUGAGUUUUUGAAAAACAACUUAAAAUUCGUAGCUUAAUUAUUGUUAUUAAUUUUAUUUUCCAAUUUAAAGUAUUUAUUUACAUUAAUUCGUCCUAAUAAAAUGUAUUGCCCUUCGGUAAAAGUCAUGAGUGUGUGAAUAACUAUUUGGCAAAGUUAUUGAAUUAAAUAUUAAAAUAAUGUUUUCCGCUAGUUGUUUCAACUGUUAGAUUUUUCUAUAAUGUUAGUAAUGUUCCUUGUUCCGAUUAAAUAUUGCAACGGAAAUGAAUCUGCCGAUUUUAACAGCCUUUAGCAUAUUUUUUUGAAAUUUUUAUAAAAUUUGUGUGACUCCAUAAAAGAGUUUUUGUGUGUGUGUGUGCCAGAAACAAGAUCGAGAGAAGAUAAUUCCCACAUUAAACCGUCCUAAUAAAACGUCCAUGCCACGAUGUGCAUGUUUGUUCAUUUUGUGUGUAUCUGUAUCUGAAACUGCAAACCAAAUCUGCAUUUGUUUAUCUGUAUCCGCAUCCCAAUCAUCACGAUCUGAACCCAAAUUGGAAUAUUGGUCAGUUGCUCGUUUAGUUCGUGGACGACGGGGUCCUGGGUCUCUCUACAGAUGUAUAUACCUCUUAUUGUUAGAGAAUAUGGAACAUAUAUAUACAUAUAUAUUUUAAGUACGUACAUAUAUACA